AUGGAGGAGGCCGAGAUAGGCAGUCGGUCUUCUGCCAGCCCAGCCCAUGCCAAACAGCCCGCAUGCUUGAACUGCCGGCGGAGCAAGAUCCGCUGCAAUCGCCCGACAGGCCACACGCGCUGCGAGAAAUGCAGAUCAUCGAAUGCGGACUGCAUCGUCCCAAGUCACCACCUGGGACGGCAGAAAGGCGUGAAAAAUAAACGCAAGGGCCUGGAGAAGGCCAUACACCAGAUCGAACAAGCCAUCAAGAGACCCAAGGUUGACCCCUCUGGACCCGACGAUGCCCAAAAGGCGAUCUCGGGCCUCCAGGAGCUGUUGAACCGUUUCCAGGGGCAGCUGCAAGGCGAGUCUGACGGCUUCACCGAGAACUUAGAUCGUGCACGGAAUUUGCUGUCUCCACACGAGGUCCCCGCUGACGAGAGUUUGGCCUUGGACGACGCUGAGAAUCCGCUGCAGCUGUUGGCGCGGGCAUCAGACCUGCAGCUGUCGCCCACGGGUGUGCGCCAUAUCCCGAAGUCGUCAGUGCUACCGUCUGUCGCGCCGACGAACCUGCCCCAGGAGAGUGCUAACUCCGGGGAGCUGAGCGCGAAGUCGUUCUUUGUGCCUGCGCGCGCAAACCGAGAUGUCGGACCUGAUUUGGAUCCCGUGGAUCUAGGACUGGUCACGUUUGACGAGUCAGAGUCGUUGUUUUCCUUUUUCUAUCAGAAUCUUGCGCAUACCCGCUGGGGACUGGAUCCCCUGGUACAUACUGCAUCUUUUGUGCGCUCCCAAUCUGCCUUUUUAUUCACCUCGAUCGUGGCAGGCGCGGCCCUGUUUUUGCCAUCAGCCGCGGCCUUAUCCAAGAGAUUGUCGCGCCAUUGCAAAUGGCUGGCCAAACGAGUGAUGAUGCACCGUUAUCGGUCAGUGGAAAUUGUUUUGGCGUUCAUGGUGAAUGUUCCGUGGAUGGCACCCGGAGAUCAACUCGGCGAUGACGAUACCUGUUCAUACAUCGCCAUGGCCCUGACCGUCGCUUUGGACCUAUCGCUGAACAAGAUUGUCUCGCCAUCUUCGAGCUUCGAAAAAGAUCUGCUGAACCGGCUGGCUCGAGCUGACUGUAUCGAUGCAAAGAGAGCCUUGCAUAUGGAUGGAUUUGGCGAUGUUGAUCCCGCAUCGGAAUGGGGUUGUCGACUUUUGCGCAGACGGGAACGAGCUUGGAUCGCACUUUUUGUUGUUGAGAGAGGUGUCUGUCUCGCUCGCGGAAGAAGCUAUACUGUUCCCCCGACCGCACUUAUCGAGAACUGCGAUGCUUGGCACCGGUGUGAUAUCGCUGAUCGACGUGAUGGGCCGAUGAAUUCAAUGGCUGUCUUGCGGAGGGAUCUUGACGAACUAUUUCGAAACGUUAAAUCAAGCUGUGAUAGUUAUCGGAUCGUUGAUACUGGGUCUCAAGCUGCACAAGCGAUCAAAACGACCAUCGAGAAUUUCUAUCAGCGCUGGUAUACUACGUGGGCAUUGGCCAUCAGCGAAGGCGGAGCGCGUUCUCUUCCACCCUAUGUCGAGAUCUUAGUCACACACACCCAACUAUCUACAUAUGGUGGUGUCAUUAAUCACCCUACUGCACCACUCGAAGUGAAGCGUUUCUUUCGCGCAGCGGGCUUGUCGUCUGCGCUUAAUGUUCUUCGAGCCGCCAUCCAAGGAGAAGCCCGGCUGAAGUCUAUGCCGAACAACACGGUCAUUAUGAUAUCGUUUGCGGCAUGUUCUGCUCUCAGUCUGAGUGUGACAUCAGGCGACACCCGAUCAAGUCUAGCCCCUAGUGUCCGCACGCUUAUUGAAGAGACUGCCGGAGUCCUCGAACGAAUCGGGGCGACCCCAAGCCACCGCAACGGUGCCUCGGUACUCUAUGGCCGAUUCCUGCGUGAGCUUAUCCGUCGUGGCCCUGCCAUCCCCAAUUCCCAACCUCGACCCGAUCCUCGUCAGAUCGAUCUAUCAGACCCAGUUCUUCCAGUCACUUGCGUGAGCGACCAGGGACCAGCUUUGACAACGACGCACCAAUCUCUUCCACCGGGAGACCUAUGGACUGAACCCAUACAGUUCUCGGCGAUGUCAGACAACCAGAUUAUCGACGCUGUGAAUCGUGCGGGUAGUGCAUUCGGCACCUCAAUACCUGACGUGCCCCUGGACGACAUGCUGAGUUGGGACUGGCUUGACUUUGCGACCACUGAUUUCAACUUUUAG